GCCCGUUAGGUCUAUGUACAUCUAUAUUAUAGACUCUGUGUUUUUUUAUGUAGUGACGAAAUCGAUACAAGUUUAGUUGAUUUACCUGGAAUCUGGCUUAUUGACGUGUACGUCUUCAGAUCUGUAAGUAAAAAUAUUUUACAAGCCGUCCGAGUUCAUUGUGUUCAUUCGAGCUGUGUUAGCAUUGCACUUCAAUUCCUCAAGUUUCAUACAUAAUUCAAAAUGGCUCGUACUAAGCAAACUGCUCGUAAGUCAACCGGAGGAAAAGCUCCACGAAAACAAUUAGCCACAAAGGCUGCGCGUAAAAGUGCUCCAUCCACUGGAGGCGUCAAGAAACCCCAUCGUUAUCGUCCAGGUACUGUCGCCCUUCGUGAAAUCCGUCGUUAUCAGAAAUCUACUGAAUUGUUGAUCCGUAAAUUACCUUUCCAACGGUUGGUGAGAGAAAUUGCCCAGGAUUUCAAGACAGAUUUGCGUUUUCAAUCAGCUGCUAUUGGUGCUCUGCAGGAAGCCAGUGAAGCUUACCUCGUAGGCUUGUUUGAAGACACCAAUUUGUGUGCCAUUCAUGCUAAGAGGGUAACAAUUAUGCCCAAGGAUAUCCAGUUGGCUCGGAGAAUCCGUGGUGAACGCGCUUAAAAUUUUAUUUACAU